AUGAUUGCUGCUUUCACCUCCACUAACCAAUUCUACACCUUAAUCAAAUCCCCGGUCCCAACCUCCACCCUCUUGGUCUUCUUACACGGUCUCGGAUCAUCCCAAAACUUCUACUACUCCAUAGCCACAGCCUUAUCCUCCACCCACAACGUCUUAUUACUCGAUCAUGAAGGUGCCAACCAAUCCAAAUUAAACCGCCCAAAACUCACUCUUGAAGACUUAUCCCAAAACGUCAUCUCCACCAUCCAUGAACUCCAACUCCAGGACUCCAAAAUUGUUUUGAUUGGACACUCAAUGUCCGGGAUGUUGGUCAAUUAUAUAAACAUCUUCCACUCCACCAAACUCAACAUCAUCAAAAACGUCCUUAUUGGACCCGUUCACCCCACGGCAAAACUCACCCAGAUUUUCUUGGACCGUAUUCAAGCAUUGAAUGUCAAACCAUCCUUAAUUGAUUUCUCCAACAAUAUCCCAAAUGCCGCCACGGGGGAUAAGUGUUCCGGAUUCAGGAAAUCAUAUAUUAGACAACUUUUGCAAAGUCAGACAGUGGAGGGAUAUAUUGCCAAUUGUCAUGCUAUUGCCAGUGGAAUGGAUUAUGAUUUUGAUUAUAGUAAAGUUGAAAAACCGGUUUUGAUAAUUUAUGGAAAACAAGAUAUGACCAGUCCUUGGACGGGAUGUGUGGAAGAGAUUGCCAAUGGAUUGACGAAUAAGAGUCUUGUGGAACUUGAUGUGGGACAUUGGAUUGCUAUUGAAGAUGAUGAGGCAGUUUUGAAAGCUAUUAAAGAAUUCAUUUAA